AUGCCAACUUCUUUUACAAGGGCAAUUUAUGGAAUUAAUAAAUAUACCCGUAACCGCCAUACAAACAACCCUUCAUUUCAUUAUUCGAAAACAGAGACGUUGCCUUGCAUUCCAAAUACUGAGAAAAAACUUUCUGAGCAAGGAAAAAAGAAACGGAGAGUAAAACCUAAUCCUAAAACUGAUCAGACAACAAUGGCGACGCUCCCAUGGGACAUCAUCGUCGACGUACUCAGUCGGCUAUCGGUGAAGGAUUUGCUGCGCUACAAGUCAGUCUCCAAGCCCUGGUGCUCUUUGAUUGACGGUCAAGAUUUCAUCAAGAUGCAUCUCAAGAACUCCAUGGAAACCGGCUCCAAUCUCGGCGUCGUCCUCAGAGACUGUGAUCUCCACUGGGUCGACCUUGAAUCGCUUGACUCGGCGGUGAAACUCCAACAUCCGAUUGGAGGAGACCGCCACGGGACUGAAGUCUUGGGCUCUUGCCAUGGAUUGUUAGUUCUCUUGAAUAUCAACGACGUUGUGGCUCUCUGGAACCCAUCAACCAGACGGUAUAGAAAAAUACCCAUUUCUAAUAUUGAGUUCCCUGAUGGGAUUUUACCCUGUUUUCAGUUUAUAGUUUAUGGGUUUGGGUAUGACCCCGUUAGCAAUGACUAUAAGUUGGUGAGGAUGGUGCAGUUUUUUGGGAACGUGGGUGAAGAUUCUUUUGAUUCUGAGGUUAAGGUUUAUAGUGCGAAAUCUAAUACUUGGAAGAGGAUUAGGGACUUUCCUUAUUACUUACGUUACAAGCAUGGAUUUGGUGUUCUUUCUAAUAAUGCUUUGCACUGGGUGGUGUCUAGAAAGCCUUUGUCUGAUGUUUCGAACUUGGUUUUCGCGGUUGAUCUUGUGACUGAGGAAUACCGUGAGGUGCCGCUGCCAGAGUUUGAGGGUGAGAGUUUUCACAUGAAUGUGGAGGUUUUGGGAGGGUCUCUUUGUUUGCUUUGUAAUUACGUCUCGGAUGAUCCCAACGCCGAUUGGGGAAGCGGCUCGGACCAUGUUGAUAUGUGGAUGAUGAAGGAAUAUGGUGUUAGGGAAUCUUGGACUAAGUUUUGUACUGUGGUGCCUUCGGAUGGGAUUGGCCCUUUCAAUUAUGUGUUACCUAUUGCCUACUUGAAGAGCGGGAAUCAAGUUCUCAUGAAUAAGAAUGGUGAGAAAUUUGUAGUAUAUGAUUUGGAGAGUAAAAAGGCUUGGGAUAAGAAGAUUUCCGGCGUUCCUCAUCAUUUGGAAACAUGUUUAUGUGUGGGAAGCCUUGUGAGACUUGAUGGUGACAAUGAACCGUUUGGGAUGAUUUCCUAUCCCAAGGAUUCAAUUUGGCGUUAUAGACGAGCUGAAGAAAGUAUAGAUUACUCGAGAGUACUAAUAUAUCAUAUUCAGGUUGAUACCGGAAAAAGCUUUGCUAGGACUAAUUGGAUUUGGUACUUUUAA